CUUCUUCUCGAGAACUAAACAAUCUAGACCUACUCUUGAGUUCUUCACCAGUCACGUCCGCCGGAAAUCUCCAACCAGCCUCCAGGAAUUUGAGUAAAGGCCCGUUCUUCCCAUUCGUCGUUUUGGUUUGCUGCUGCCGCUUGGAUUCUGUUUCUUUGCUCUGCGAGAGCAGCCAUAGAGAGAAAUGGAGACUCAAGCAGAUGCCAAUGAAGAAAUGACCAGGAUCAAGGAUAUGCAUCAACAGCUGAAAACACGGAUUGACACGGCACAAAGUGCUCAGCUUGAACUUAUCGCUUCUCUUCAGACCCUUGAUCCUAGCAUGGUCUCUUCCAUUGAUCUUUCUAUGAAGGUUCUGUCUUCGUACAAUGGCAUACCCUACACUCCUCUUCCUCAAUCCCUCCCAAACCCUAACCCUAACCGAAAGCUCAAGCGUGCACCUCCUCCUCUUCCUGUCUCCGACAACCCCUCCCACUCCGGCAAUGCCAAAUCUCAGAGACCGAAACCGUCUCAUGAAGUUUCCAGCAGCAGAAUGGACACUGACAAGUUCACUAUCGAUGAGAGCGGCGGUCCAUUAUCAGUUGUGAGGUCUGUUGUUGCGGUUUGCUUGCUGGAAAGGGUGCCUUUUGAACCGAUAGAUUCCUCUACUGUUCUGCUUCGGCUGGAGAAUGGUCAGUCGGCAACACCUGCGGAGAAAGCUGCUCUGAGGGAGCUGGGAGGGGAAUUAGGUGCCAUACUUGCGGUGGAGAUGGCGCUCAGGUCCAUGGCAGAGGAUAACGGUGGCGUGGAAUUGGAGGAAUUUGUAGUUGAUGGGAAGUCUAGAGUUAGAGUCAUGGCAAUCGAUCGGUCUCAACUUGUCAAGGAACUGCCAGAAAGUAAGCUACAUAAUAAUAAUGAAUCUAAUGAUGGAAUUCAAAUGCAAAAGCAGAGUGCAGUGAAGAGUGGUGGAGUUAUGGGAGGGCCAAUAAUACCACGGCCGAUGCAGGACAUGUGGAUGGGGCAUCAUUUGCCAGGUUUAUCUCCAAUGUUUCCUGGUCAGGGUUCACUAAUGGGACCUAGAGGUGGGCCUAGAGCCAUGGGUGGCGGGAUGAUGGUCAUGCCCAGUCAUAGACCUCCUAUGGGAAUGAAUACUUCAUUGGUGGUUAGCUCAAAUGCAAUCCCUUUGAAGGCAAAAACUGAAGAGGAUGAAUUGAAGGAUCUUGAAGCUUUAUUGAACAAGAAGUCUUUUAGGGAAUCACAGAAGUCUAAAACAGGAGAGGAACUACUUGAUCUCAUUCGCCGUCCCACUGCAAGGGAAACUGCUGUCGCUGCUAAGUUCAAAACAAAAGGUGGUUCUCAACUGAAGGAGUACUGUACAGCUUUGACGAAGGAAGAUUGCAGACGUCAAUGUGGUUCUUAUAUUGCAUGUGAGAAGGUUCAUUUUAGACGCAUAAUAGCUCCUCAUACUGAUCUCAACCUAGGAGAUUGCUCCUUUCUUGAUACUUGCCGCCACAUGAAGACUUGCAAAUAUGUUCACUAUGAGCUUGACAACAGCCAAGAGAUAAUUGGUGUUGCUUCAUCAAUAUCAUCUAUCCCCAGACCAUUGAAGCCUCAAAAAGCAUACUACUGUUCUGAAGUAGAACUGGGUGAAUCUCAGUGGAUAAACUGUGAUAUUAGAUCGUUUAGAAUGGACGUAUUGGGGCAGUUUGGAGUAAUAAUGGCAGAUCCGCCUUGGGACAUUCACAUGGAACUACCUUAUGGUACAAUGGCUGAUGAUGAGAUGCGUAGUCUGAAUGUUCCUGCAUUGCAGACUGACGGUUUGAUAUUUCUUUGGGUUACCGGACGUGCUAUGGAAUUGGGACGUGAAUGCUUAGAACUAUGGGGUUACAAGAGAGUCGAGGAGCUGAUAUGGGUAAAGACGAAUCAACUUCAGAGGAUUAUAAGAACAGGAAGGACGGGGCAUUGGCUGAACCACAGCAAGGAGCAUUGUCUGAUAGGAAUAAAAGGGAAUCCGGAAGUGAAUAGGAACAUUGACACGGAUGUGGUUGUGGCGGAAGUUAGAGAAACUAGUCGUAAACCAGAUGAGAUGUAUCCUAUGCUGGAGAGGAUAAGUCCAAGGACUCGGAAACUGGAAUUAUUUGCGCGAAUGCAUAAUACUCAUGCGGGGUGGAUGUCUCUUGGGAAUCAACUGAGCGGGGUAAGGCUGGUGGAUGAUGGUCUUAGGGCUAGGUUUAAGGCUGCUUAUCCCGAUGUAGAAGUCCAACCUGCUUCACCUCCUCCUCCUCCCAGACCUUCUUCUUCUCCAUCUCCUACUGAAUUAGGAGUAGGAACAGGAGGAGUAAUAGACUCUUCUACUUCAAAUAUAAUAUUAAAGAGUCCAGAUUUAACCGAGGGGGCACCUGCCCCAACUGCUGCUGCUUCUUCUUUGGGACCCAACCCUUCGCCUUCUUCUUCUUCCGACCCAAAUCAGUGAAUAGUCAUCAUUCUAACACCGCGACUUUUCGACUUUUCCUUGGGUUAUUAGUAUUAACAUUGUCGGUGUUUGUUUGUUUGUUGUAAAUGUUUUUUUUAAAUGUAUUAGAAUAAGAUAUGUUCUCUCCUCAUUCCCUUUUAUUAUUAUCUAAAUUUGGUGGCAUACAAUUUUAUAAAAUAUUUUCAAGGCUUAUUAGUUU